AUGAUGCCCAACGAUGGUGUAUGGGGUAGUCCAGCGGAUGGUGCGCACGCAGACCUGCUGCACUCCCUUUCCAAGACCAACUCCAGGACGAGUGAUGACCACAAUAUGUCCACGAACAGUUACCUGAGUCUGUCUUCGAUGGCGUAUGGUAACAAUGCGAACCAGGGCCACCUUGUCGAUGCGUCUAUUGAUGCAGAGCUGGCGUCUAUCGUCUCCUCGCUGAGUGCGCUGUCGCACACCAACACCAACACUAUGCCCCAACAGCAGCAACAGCAGGCGUCGUUGUUGAGUUCCCCUAACUUGCAGAAAAUUGGCACCGCGACAUCUUCGAACAUCGGGGGGUUCAGGAGAUCUAGUUUCACAAGUGAUCAUAACUACGGUCCCGAGCACAUCGUAUCCGAAACCCCAACGGCCUCGCUAUCUGUCGGUACCGCCCCACCUUACUACUAUAGCUACAGCAACCAGAAUAAUGGCGGGAACACCGCAGGUUCCGCUGGGAACAUGCAAGGGCUGACCACUUCGCUGUCAUCACAAAGACUGAACUACUUGAACUCCAACCAGUACUCAGCCAGUAUCGCCGGCCCUAUCCUGUUCCACUCAAACAACAACGGAUCUGUGUCUGGCCAGAAUAAUAACCAACAGAUGGGCGCCAACAGUGGUUUCUUUGAGAAGUUUGGUAAAACAAUUGUGGAAGGCACCAAGGAGUUGGAAUCUGCUAAUUACGCUAAUGAUACCGAUACUAUCCACUCCUCCAAGAGUUACACUUCAUUGCACAAUAAUGAAAACACUCCAGUAGUGGAACCUAUUCCAAAUCACCAACAAGCAGCCUACUUAUCAACAUCUGCUAUUGAUGAUACGGCAUCAUCUUCAUCUUCAAACUCACAGCUGACUUUGGAAUCACCAGACUAUGUGAACUCGAAUAUGAAUAUGAGAAAGGGCCCGGGAGGAGUUUGGAAAAAUUUCACCGACUCACAGUCGUUCAAGCCGAACCACUUCGGUCCUUUGCCUUACCCAAACUUUCAAAGCCCUCAUCCAAAUUUUCCUAUGUUUAAUCCUUUCUUGCCUAUGGGUAUUCAAAACCAUCCGCCUGGUUUGAAUAACAAUAACAAUGUGAAUAUAAAUCCUGCAAAUACUAACCCUGGUAACGAUACAGUUAAUAGAGACCCUAAUCUUGCAAAUACUGAAACACAACAAGAACAGAUAAACGCACAGAACUUGAAUGAAAAUGGUGAUCACAACUUAAACAAUAGUAACGCAUCUCCAUACUACUACUAUCCUAUUAAUAUUCCAAAUGAAGCACAGCAACCUAUAAAUAGUAACGCAUCUACCGCACCUAAAAAGAAGAGAGGGGGUGAUAAAAAAGCAUUGCAUAAACAACAACAAGGUAAUAUGAAUCCAUAUCUGGACUCACAUCACCAGUUACAAAGACCCUUUGCCCAAAAGAAGGGCCAGACACCAACAUCUCCACCAGCAGCAAGACCAAUGUCACCACUAAGUAAUCAACCGAUCAACUUUUACAAGAAACAGCAACAACCACCAUCAGGGCAAUCAGCUGGAACACAAAGAACUACAUCGUCUGCAUCGAAUUCUAGCUCACAAAAUUCAAAGAAUACAGCUAAUAACAAUAAUAACUUCCAUAGAUCUGCUCUAUUGGAAGAACUAAGAGCAAAUCCAACUAACACUGAUUUGACUUUGAAGAGUAUUUAUGGUCACGCUCUAGAAUUCUGUAAAGAUCAGCAUGGCUCUAGAUUCAUUCAAAAAGAAUUGGCUACAGCACCUCCUCCAGAGAGAGAACUUGUGUUUAACGAAAUCAGAGACCAUGCUUUAUCAUUAGCAAAUGAUGUUUUUGGUAACUACGUUAUUCAGAAAUUCUUUGAAUAUGGGUCCAAGACUCAAAAAGAUAUUUUAGUAGAGCAAUUUAGAGGUAAGAUGGAAGAACUCUCUCUGCAAAUGUACGCUUGUCGUGUCAUUCAAAGAGCUUUAGAGUUCAUUGAUGCUCAGCAAAGGAUAGAUCUUGUAAGAGAACUAUCUCACUGUGUCUUACAGAUGAUCAAAGAUCAAAAUGGUAAUCACGUAAUUCAAAAGGCAAUUGAAUGUAUACCAAUCGAUCUGCUUCCAUUUAUCUUAAAUUCUCUUGAAGGUCACAUAUACCAUCUCUCGACUCACUCAUAUGGUUGCAGGGUUGUACAAAGAUUACUUGAGUUUGGUACCUUAGAAGAUCAAAAGAGAAUACUAGAAGAACUAAAAGACUUUAUUCCCUAUCUGAUCCAGGACCAAUAUGGUAAUUACGUGAUUCAGCAUAUUUUGCAACACGGAUCUGAUGUCAACUUGGCAUCAGAGCAUAUGAGAGUGAUCAAACAAGAAAUAAUUAAUAAUGUAGCGGAUAACAUUGUUGAAUUUUCCAAACACAAAUUUGCUUCAAAUGUGGUAGAGAAAGCCAUUAUCUAUGGCACAGAUGAUCAAAAGAUACAACUAAUGAAGAUGAUACUACCAAGAGACAAGGAACAUGCCGCUAACCUCGAGGAAGACUCUCCUUUAAUUUUAAUGAUGCGUGAUCAAUUUGCAAAUUACGUUGUGCAAAAAUUGGUAGUUGUCUCUCAAGGUGACGACAAGAAAUUAAUUGUUGUUGCUAUAAGAGCUUACCUAGAUAAGCUAAACAAAUCUGCAUCUUCUGGUAAUAGACAUCUUGCUAGUGUUGAGAAACUGGCAUCUUUAGUUGAAUCUGUUGAAAUCUGA